AAAUCGAACUUAUUCUGCACUAUGCUCGCACUAGCGCCAUGAAAAUAUUGCUGGCCAAACUCCCACGCCCGUGGAUCGUCGACGAGAAAAAGGAUGACGGAUACACCGCCCUUCACCUGGCCGCACUAAACAACCACGUGGAAGUCGCCGAACAGCUGGUUCUCCACGGCAAGGCCAACAUGGACCUGCAGAACGUCAAUUUGCAAACGGCACUACACCUCGCCGUCGAACGGCAACACACCCAGAUAGUGAGGCUCCUGGUGCGCGAAGGCGCGAAUCUCAACAUAGCUGACAAAGACGGGGACACACCCCUUCACGAGGCGUUACGUCACCACACGCUGUCGCAACUGCGACAACUGCAAGACGUCCAAGACGUCGGCAAACUCCUUAUGGGUCUCGGUACCCAAGGCUCGGACAAGAAGUCCUCGGCUAGUAUCGCCUGCUUCCUGGCGGGCAAUGGAGCCGAUCUUACCAUUAAGAAUAAAAAAGGACAGACACCUCUAGACCUCUGUCCGGAUCCGAAUCUCUGCAAAACCCUGACGAAGUGCCACAAGGACAAACAAAGCGGCGAGAUGGACAUGGGGCCGAACCAGAACACCCAACACUCGAAUCUCACUUCGCCGCUUGACGAGUGCCUGGUGUGUUCGGACGCGAAAAGAGACACGCUGUUUCAACCUUGCGGGCACGUCACAUGCUGCUCGGGCUGCGCCCCGAGGGUCAAAAAGUGCCUCUUAUGUCGCGAAUCUAUUACGAGCCGUAUUAAGAUUGAGGAAUGCAUGGUGUGUUCAGACAAGAAGUCGUCGAUGCUGUUCAUGCCGUGCGCGCACAUGUGCGCGUGCGAGAGCUGCGCACAAAUAAUGAAGAAGUGCGUGGUAUGUCGGUCUCAGAUCGAGCUGAUGAUUCCGAUGGCAAUUUGCCGCGGCGGCACCGGAACGAUAUCCGAGGUGAAAGCGGACGUAGAAGAGGAUAUUCAACAGCCGACGUCGAGCGAAAUUUUGCCUCAAGGGCCUAUAAUGAACAACGGCGGACGCGACACUACCAGCACCAACGACAUCCAAAAACUGCAGCAGCAGUUGCAGGACAUCAAAGAGCAGACAAUGUGUCCAGUGUGCUUGGACCGUUUGAAGAACAUGAUUUUCCUGUGCGGGCACGGGCUGUGCCAAAUGUGCGGGGACCAGAUGUCCGAGUGCCCUAUUUGCAGGAAGGCUGUGGAGAAGCGUAUUCUUCUGUAUUAGAUUCGAAUAUGAUUAACUUUUCUACUUUCAUUUAUUAAUUUUUAGACUUAUGGUAAGCAAAAAGGCUUAAAGAUACACAUAAUUUCCAUAGGAUAAGCGCAAAUGACAUUUUUGACAACUGUAUCUGUGUUUUU